AUGGUGAAGUCUGAGGCAGGGAGAAAUCGCGAGGAUGAGCCUAUCAUCUCGCGAGGCCACCGUGAAGUACAGCAGGCCAAAGAAGAUGGCGGAGACUCUAAAGGUCUUGGUGUUUUGAUGACUACUGUGUUCAUGAUCGGUGAGGUGGCUGGCGUGGGGAUGUUGGCGAUACCAAAAGCUGUUGACAACUCAGGUUAUGUGGGGUUCGCGUUCCUCAUGCUGGCCUUAAUCUCUGCCGCUUAUACGGCAUUGAUUCUGGGGAGGUCAUGGGUGAUCGUUGAACAGAGAUACCCUGAGUUCAGGGGGGCUGUGAGAUUUCCCUACCCAGCCCUCGGGCAGGUUACAUACGGGCGUCCUGGCAGGUUUAUAGCCGUCGGUGCAGUAGCGGUGACGUUAGUAGCAUGUGGGGUGUUGCUAGCCAACAUUGCUUAUGAUGGCGUCCGUCAGAGAAACGUACACGUACAACACACCAUUCCGUCAUUAAUAUCCACGUGUAUGGCAUUUGGGCCUAUAGUGUACGCCGUUGGAGGUCAUCCUGUCUUUCCUACAAUUCAAAACGACAUGAAGGAUCCAACAAAGUUCGAUAACUCUGUAUAUUUUUCUUAUAUCACGAUUCUGUUCAUCUACAUGUCAGUCUGUGUGUCAGCAUACUUUGUGUACGGUAGGGCGCUGCAGGAAAACAUUCUGCUGACAGUGUCGCGUGGUCCCAUGUCGUACAUCGUCCAGGUUCUCAUCACAGCUCAUCUCCUCUUCGGAUUCAUCAUCAUAAUGAACCCAGUAUGUCAAGAUAUUGAACAACUACUCGGCGUUCCAAAACAUUUUACAUGGAAGAGGUGUUUGUCUAGAUCUGCUGCGGUGGUGUUUGCUGUUAUCAUUGCUGUUAGCGUCCCCAGCUUUGGCGUGAUUCUUUCACUUGUUGGCGGGUCAACCAUGGCCCUACUAAUUUUUGUCUGUCCCCUCAUAUUUUACCAUAAGCUCUCGUCGAUGGAAGGAGAAUGGGAAAAAAUGCACAUCAGUAUGCUUACUAAACUUCUGAACUACUCGGUCAUGGCGGCGGGCAUUGCAGAGGAGACUUCCGCAGCCAAGGGGAUUAGCAUGCCAACGCGGUACAAUGACCAAGGGGCCUCUCACCAAUGCAGUCGCUCUGAGUUCAAGUCCAGCUCCAGCUCUCGCAUCAAACACUACGGGUUAAUCGCUAACACGUGCAAAGUGGGAUAA